AUGCGGCUGCUGAAUACCUCCACGGGUCAGUUCGUGUGGAUCGCGGACCCGAGCGCUGUGCGAUACGCCAUUCUAUCCCAUACAUGGCGGUCCGAAGAAGAGGGCGGCGAGCAGUCAUACAAUGACGUCCGGGAGCUCCAAGCUGCAGCUAGACACACUUCAACACACAAGGUCAAAGGAUUCUGCAAAAUCGCCCGUGAGGCUGGCUACGAGCUCGUAUGGAUCGACUCCUGUUGCAUCGACUCGUCUAGCAGCGCGGAGCUCUCGGAAGCGAUCAACUCGAUGUACCAGUGGUACCGCCUUGCGGAAGUCUGCUACGUGUACCUCGCGGACGUGCCUGAUGGCGAUAAACCCGCGGACCGGGAUUCUGCGUUUCGGACUAGCAGAUGGCGGACGCGCGGCUGGACGCUUCAAGAGCUAAUCGCCCCAAAGCGCGUCGUUUUCUUGACGCAGACGUGGCGCUUCCUCGGGACCAAGAUGGGGUUUGCGUCGACGCUCGAAGAGAUCACUGGAAUCGACUUCGCUAUCCUCACGGGCACCGCAGAGCUCGAAUCUGUCAGCGUCGCGCGUAGGAUGUCAUGGGCGGCCGGACGCAAAACCAAGCGUAUCGAGGACGAAGCAUACUGUCUCAUGGGUCUCUUCGGCGUGCACAUGGCCACAAUAUAUGGAGAGGGACGCAACGCGUUCCUUCGCUUGCAGGAGGAGAUCAUCAAGACAAUACCGGACCAAAGCAUUUUCGCGUGGGGACGU